AAACACACGGCCUUAUAUAGCUUCUUCCUAUUUAUAUCCCAAUGACCACUUGCUAAUAUACAAUGACAACAUAAAUGGGAUACUUGAAGAGAUCCAAGGAAACCAUGUCUCGAUCUAGGCCUGAUGGCAGGUGCAGGAAGCACCCGAAACACAAGCAGUCUCCUGGAGUUUGCUCCAUUUGUUUGAGUGAAAAGCUCUCUCAGCUUUCAACUUCAUGUAGCUCACGUACUACCUCUUCUUCUACAGCAGUGGAUUCCGUUUCUUCUUCUUCUUCAUUGUCCUCGUAUUCCUCCUCUUCUUGUUCUUCUCCUUCAUCUCCAAUGCAUCGUUAUCGAUAUGGCAUGGAAGGGAAGGGAUCUUUAUCUUUCUUGUUAAGUGGCAAGAAUGUGCUCACUAAGAGCAGAUCCAUGGUUUUUGUUACAAGAAUCAGAUGCAAUAAAGACAAGGUCAGUGAUGAUAACAAGAAGAAAGGUGGGUUUUUGUCCAAGUUGCUACGACCGAAGAAUAAGAGGAUAGAGGAAGGUUUGGUACGCUCUAGGACCGUGAGAGAAAGACGAUGAACAUCACUAGGGUUAAUUAAUUUGAUGCAGUUUCUUGAUUCUUUUUUUCUUUUUUAACUUUUUCUUCCUCGCUUUUAUUAGAUUAGAUUUGUUGUUAGGGUUUUACAACAAAGCAAAAGAUAGAUGAAAGGAUACUAUAAAGCAAAAAGAUGAAGCUUGUGGUUUUCUUUAUACAUUCAUGUGUUAAUCCUGUAUAUUGAGAAAAAAAAAAUUCUAGUUCCUGCAAUUCUAUUUCAACUGCUGUAUUAUUUUAUUUAUUACAGCAUCUUAUUUUUUUUAUAUAUUCUGACAGAAGCAGUUGAAGUUUUGUCUCUGUGCAAUGAGAAGACAAAAAUUCCAUAUGUGAACAGCAGGGAAACUUGCUGGCAUUUAAGCUGUCACAGAUUUUGGGCCAUAAUAUGGUAUGGUUAGCUAGGUAGACAGGUUUCUGAUUCUGAUCUAUCCCAGAAAGUUCUUGAGAUCACAAGUUGAAUCUUCAACUGAGUUUACUUGAUUAUGUCUUUUUUGGAGUCCCCAGUCAAAUUUGAAAAGGCUACUUGUGUGACAACUGGUUAGCUCGGUUCCAGGUUCUGGGCAACUUCCUAUGGGCUAAAAAGUUCAAAACUGUUAAGCUGGCACAAUUAAAUUGAAAAACCUGAGAACAAAUACUCGGCAAUUUCCUCACGAUUUAAUUGGAAUUGCUUUUUUUUUUUUUUUUUUAAAAAAAAAGCAAGAUAUACGGAAUUAAUUAAGUUCCUAUUAGAUCAUCAUUAGAACACAUGGUAUACAGUCUUCUUGAAGAACAACUUCCUCUUCAAUAUUUUAUACCAAAAACUACUUUCCACGUAAUGUAUUGAUUCAGACUUUUGAUAUAGUCAUCAUAGCAACGGAUGGCCCUCUUCUUAAAUUUUCAAAUGAAAAAAAGAAAAAAAAAAUCUAUAUAUAAAAUAAAUCCCAUAAUAAUUCUGAUCAUGAAACUUAAUUAUCCAAUAUAAUUAACUAAGAUUUCUUCCUAGCUAUUUGAAUUUUUCUGAUUAUUUUGUUAUUAUAGUAAUUAAGGGGUUCAGAUAUGCUAUUAUGCAGUUCAAUGCACGUAUACAAAUUACUUGUAAAAAACAUCACCUAAUUUAUGGGUAUGAUAAGGGAAUUUUUUUAGUAGAUGAUGAUAAAUAAUUUUAAAUAUAGUUCCAUCCAUUUCAUGCUUUGUCCUGAAGAGACAUAAAGAAGUUGAAAGUGGGUAAUACAAUAAGAUGAAUGAUUGUUUGGAGAUGAUAGUUUUCUUAUUACUAAUCGAGUGUACUCUUUGACAUAGAUGGGCUUCGAGGCACAGUGUGGUUAGUCUUUUUUGCAUGAUAGCUCAGCCCAUUGUAGGUAGGGCGAGAUAAAACCGAGUUGGCCCAUUCUUUUUCUCUCACAUAUGGGCUUACAUUUCUUGAAGGAUUUGUAUAUUCUUUUGCUGAUAAGCUCGGCUGAUAGCAGUACAGUACUAUUGCUUUGUUAAUAGUGGUUUGGAGUCACUGUAGUUGGUGUCCCAUAUAUUACAGUUGGCGGUUCAGACAAAAGCCCUUCGAAACCCAGAAAAAGAAUCAUGUACAAACUCGCCCAUGAUACUGAUAAAAUUUGAGUACGAAGUUGAAGUUUCAGCGAAAACGAAAAUCAACCUACCCCACCACCCAUGUUGCAAUCCUGGGUUCUUGAUGACCACUUUUCUUUUUCCAAUGAAACAUCCAUACUAAAAUUACCAUAUGAUCGUAUAAGUUCCUUUACUAUGGAGUAAGAUUUGAAACGUUGGUCCGGAGCAUUGACACACAUGCCGAACUAGUAGAUUAGCUUCAAACAUCAUUGGAUCCAGAUCCUUUGAGAUUCAGCAUCAAAGAGAUUAUCCAAAUUAACCAUCCUGUAUUUUACUGUUUUGUAAAUCCAUGGCUACGGAUAAGUGAAGGACAGCAUGCCGCUUUCUUUCCUUUUCCGGAUUUCAACUUUUUGGAAAUUGUUGCUUAUUAUUGCCUUUUAUUUUUAUUGAGUGUCUGGAAUUGGGUGAGCUUUCUACUUCACUCCACAGAAUGUAGCACUAUUUUGUUUGGCGAAAUAUAAUUCCUUUUAU